AACUUCCGUGCCUGUGUUAUUUUUUCUUUCUCUCUUCUCCCCCCUCACUCGCGCUGGUCGCUGGCCUGACUGUGUCAAGGCCCUCGAUACCUCCUGGAGAGGUUUUCAUUAUUUCUAUCAUGUCUGCGUUCGUUAAUCUGGAAGAGUACAUGUACGACUCUCAAGAUCGGAUUGGCGUUAUCUGUAUCUCCAUCUCAGGCCUCAUCUCCCUCAUCUCCAUCCUCUCCUUAUUCGUAUUCCGACCACUGAAAUCCACAACAUACGCACGCACUCAUCUGUUCGGGUAUCUCACAUCGCUCUUGGUGGGGAAUGCCAUGAUUGCGGCUGCGACGGUAAUGUCGUUUGAUUGGAUAGCGCACGGAGGGGUGCAGGUGGGGGGUGUGUGUACUGCCCAAGGUGCAUUGAAACAAGCAGGACACCUCGCUACUGCAUUAUGGUCUUUUAUCAUCGCCCUGCACCUGUUUAAUAUCCUCUUCCUCCGUUCCCCUGCGAGUAUGAGGUGGUUUUGGGUUGCGACGGUUCUUGGGUGGGGGGUUGUGGCGGGGAUUGUGGUGAUUGGGCCGAUGGUUAUAGAGGUGAGGGAGGGAAGGGGGAGGUAUUUUGGUAUCAUGGGUACUGGGAAUCGGGCGCAGUGUUGGAUUACGGAUGGGUAUAGGGAUGAACAGGUUUUUUUGGAGUAUUUUUUGGAAUUACUCUCUGCCGCUCUUUCAUGUAUUCUAUUCACCUUUGUCCUCCUCCGCGUUAGGGGAAACCUUAUCCUCGUCAACGUCCCCGACGACCAUACCCACAGCAGCUCCGCCAAAUCCCUCGACGACGACCACAAAGUCCCCGACCCCGACAACGACAACGACAACGACAACGACAGCGACACCACAAAAUCCAUCAAGUCCACAAGCAAAUGGCGAUUCCAACACGUCCCCAGCUCCGACAGCUGGCAACUCGUCUUCAGCCGCGACUUAAUCGACACAGCCAUGCUGCGUUUCGCCGGCCGCAUGGUCUGGUUCCCUAUUUCCUACACCCUCCUCCUUCUCCCAUCGGGGAUCGCCGGUCUCAGCGCCGCAAGAGGCCAUCCAGUGUCGCCUGGCGCAGAGGUGUUUGUGGGGGUCACGUAUAAUUUAAUCGGUCUAACGACGGUUCUCCUCCUCCAUACCACGCGGCAUUUGUACCCCUCGUCCGCGGAUCUGAGCAACAUCCCGGGGUUCGAGACGAAGAGGAGUAAUCAUGCGUUUGUGCGGUUGAUGGAGACUGGGGGCGUGACGCCGUUUGAUUUGUGUAGCGUGCGUGGGGGUGGGGGUGGGCGACGCGGAAGUGGGGUAAGUUGUGGGAGUGAGUUCAGUGGAGGAGGGGAAGGCGACCCCACUCAGUGGUCGGAUAUUACUAGUUCUUUGACGAGGCAACAGAGUUCUUCCAGCACCUCCACUACCUCAACCACCUCGAGUACCGCCUCGUGGUCUUCACAGACCCCGCUGAUUCCGAGACCGGAGGAGACGUAUCGGGUGCGUCGGUGACCUUGGGGGAUUUAGGUAGUUCUGGUUUUUAGGCAGUGUUGUGUAGUGUGGAUGGGAUAGAGGGAGUGGAGAUGGGAGUAGAGGGAGUGGAGAUGGGAGUAGAGGGAGUGAAGGGGGGAGAGGACGGGGAAGGGGGGUUGAAUGUAUUUAUUUCAGUUCAUGUUGUUACUUUCAAUCGAGGAGUGUUUUUAUCAUUAUUAGCAGUGUUGGUGGGUUCACAGGAAAGACAUGAACCUUGGUUACAACACCGGUUACAACACUAGAAAACUAGAAA